AAUAUAUGGCACCCAAUAAUAACAAGGGCAUUUUGGUACUUGUCUCUCUCUUCUUCUUCUAUGCUCUUAUUAUCACUUCCUCUUCUUCUGCAUCACCAGUUUCCCCCAUUCUUGAUGUUUCUUCCCUCAACCGAACUUCUUUUCCAAAAGCCUUCAUCUUUGGAACUGCUUCCUCAUCCUACCAGUAUGAAGGUGCAGCAAAGGAAGGUGGAAGAGGAGCAAGCAUAUGGGAUACCUUCACCCACAAAUAUCCAGAAAGGAUACAAGAUAGAAGCAAUGGAGAUGUUGCAAAUGAUGAAUAUCACCACUACAAGGAAGAUGUUGGGAUUAUGAAGUAUAUGAAUUUAGAUGCUUAUAGAUUCUCUAUCUCUUGGUCCAGAAUACUCCCAAAAGGAAAGCUUAGUGGAGGCAUAAAUCAAGAAGGAAUCAAAUAUUACAACAAUCUCAUUGAUGAAUUAUUAUCAAAUGGUAUAAAACCAUUUGUAACUCUUUUUCAUUGGGAUCUUCCCCAGACAUUAGAAGACGAGUAUGGUGGCUUCUUAAGCCCGAACAUUAUAAAUGAUUUUCGAGAUUAUGCGGAGAUUUGCUUUAAAGAAUUUGGAGAUAGAGUGAAGCAUUGGAUCACUUUGAAUGAACCAUGGACAUUGAGCCAAGGUGGCUAUGCAAGUGGCAUGCUUGCACCUGGUAGAUGUUCAAAAUGGGUGAAUCCAAAUUGUGGUGCUGGUGAUUCUGCUACUGAACCCUAUUUGGUUGCUCACCAUCAACUUCUUUCUCAUGCUUCUGCUGUGCAACUCUACAAGAAAAAAUAUCAGGAAUCUCAGAAGGGUGUGAUAGGUAUAACUUUGGUGUCUCAUUGGUUUGUGCCAACUUCAAAUAGCAAACUUGAUCAAAUGGCUGCAGAGAGAGCAAUUGACUUUAUGUUCGGAUGGUUUAUGGAACCAUUGACAAGAGGAGAUUAUCCUAAAAGCAUGAGAUCCUUGGUAGGGAAAAGAUUGCCUAAAUUCUCUGCAGAUGAAGUUAAAGUAGUCAAAGACUCAUUUGAUUUUAUUGGGUUAAAUUAUUAUACCACCAACUAUGCUGCUUACUCACAUAAGCUCACAAAUGCCAAACCUAAUUACCUCACUGAUUCCCAUGCCAAUCUUACAACUGAACGCAAUGGAGUUCCCAUAGGUCCAAGGGCUGCUUCCAAUUGGUUAUAUGUAUAUCCAAAAGGAAUUCAACAACUAUUACUUUACACCAAGGAAAAAUAUAACAACCCUUUGAUUUAUAUAACUGAAAAUGGAAUAGAUGAGUUCAAUGAUCCAACACUAUCACUUGAAGAAGCUCUUAUAGAUACUUUUAGAAUUGAUUAUUAUUAUCGUCAUCUAUUUUAUCUCCAGUCCGCAAUAAGGGAUGGCGUAAAUGUGAAAGGAUACUUCGCAUGGUCAUUAUUGGACAAUUUUGAAUGGGCUUCAGGAUACACAGUGAGAUUUGGAAUAAAUUUUGUGGAUUAUAAUAAUGGUUUGAAAAGACAUUAUAAACUGUCCGCAAAAUGGUUCAAGAACUUUCUCAAAAAAUAUUAGACUUAUAUUACAAUUCUAGUGAUUCCAACAAACAAUAUUACGUAAACCUUGAAUGAUUAUAUAUCAUAAUUGCUUGCAUGUAAUUUUCUUUUAAAAUU